AUGAGAGCUAGAUAUAGUCAUUUAAAAAGUAGCCAAAGCCCUCUCCUGCCACCUUCCCUUCUCUUCCUCGGCGCUGCCUGUGGAGGUGGCAGCCAUCUAUUACUGAGCAUCAUGGCUGCCCUGGUGAAGCCCAAGAUCAUUAAAAAGAGGACCAAGAAGUUCAUCCUGCCCCGGUCAAACCGAUAUGUCAAAAUUAAGAGCAACUGGUGGAAACCCAGAGGCAUUGACAAUAGGGUGCACAGAAGAUUCAAGGGCAAGAUGUUAAUGCCCAACACUGGUUAUGGGAGCAACAAGAAAACAAAGCACAUGUUGCCCAGUGGCUUCCAGAAGUUCCUAGUCCAGAACAUCAAGGAGCUUGAAGUGCUGCUGCUGUUCAACAAAUCUUACUGUGCCGAGAUUGCCCACAGUGUCUCUUCUAAGAACCACAAAGCCAUUGUGGAAAGAGCAGCCCAGUUGUGUAUCAUAGUCACCAAUCCCAAUGCCAGGCUGUGCAGUGAAGAAAAUGAAUAG